UUUACUAAAGGUCGUAACUCAAAACGUAGACGUAAACGUAGACGUAGACGUAACUUAGGCUGAUUUUGCGUUUUACUAAAGGUCGUAUCUUACGUUUUGGCGUAGAUUUACGUCAAAAUCUACGGGUGACGUGCAGCAGACGUAGGAACGUACGUAGCGUAAUAAAAAAUGGCGACGUACCUACUGUUGCAACGCGCACUUAGAAGAGAAAGGGUUUUCCGCGAUAGGAGUCAGCCGCUAGACUCUCUGGAUGACGUGGAUUUGAUCUCACGGUAUAGAUUUCCGAGGAGAGUUCUUUUAGAACUUAUUGAUGCUGUUGAUGCCACAUGUAGACCGGCAACGAAUAGAUCCUACUCUAUUCCCACACAACUGCAGGUGUUGUGCACCUUGCGCUUUAUGGCGAAAGCGGACUUUUUUUCGGAAGUGGGAGAUAUCCACGGUGGAGUUGAGCAUUGUGAUAACCAUUUUGUCUAUUCAACGGAAUUGAAACUCUUUCAUCGCCAUAUAUUUGUAUGCUUAUGAAAAAAUGCAUGCAUACCUGUGACCUGAUCUGAUGACAAAGUCCAGCUACAUGUAUCUCCCAUUGCCCCAGGGGUUUGGAUACCUUCAGAAAUUGUCA